GUCCGUGACUCCGUAAUCAUUAUCAGUCAGCUCUGCGCUCUGGCCGCCAUCAGGCAUCAGCUCGUUUCUCCCCUCACCGGUCAAGCCGGGCCCUUCGUUUGUCCAAAAGGUGAUGCCGACUUGGUCCUGCGACCGUGAUCCCCAUCCCUGCGGCUGUCUUCUGCUUUCCCCUUAUCAUUAAGGCCGACAUUCUCCACCCUCUUUUCCAAGGCUGCUGCCAGAAACACAGCACACCAUGGGCGCCGGAGCUAUUUUGGAACCUCUGGUGGUCAUCGUCUUGCUUUUCGGCGGCACUUGGAUCAACCGUACCGCUGGCUCGUUUCCUCCCUCACGUCGUGCUCGCCGCAAAUCUGUUGAUCGUUACCGUGGUGUUUCACCGGAUUCGAUCGAAUCGGGCCUUUGUUCGCCCACGUCCAAGGAUGGCCUCUUGAAAGACCGACCUUUAUCUCCAGCCAGCUCUCACUGCGGGCAUGAGUCAUGGCGUAAGCGAAGAAUCGGGAUACUCUUAUGGACCACCGAAGUUACCUCUCCGAAUACUGUUGUUUUCCAAGACCGUCUUCUCAGUCGGCUGCUACGCAAGUUGCCUUUCCUGGCCGAAUGUUGGUACUGGGCGUUGGUGUACUGGACAUACCAAUUAGGAAGAGCAUUCACGGCCGUAACCUUACAAGAAGGCACGGUCGAUGUAGCGAGAAAACAUGCGCUUAAGCUUAUCGAAAUCGAACAGGCCCUCGGGUUGUUCUGGGAGGUUCCGAUCCAGCAGUUCUUCCUCCGGCACCCGUUGCUCAUGAAAUGGACCAAUUGGAUCUAUUCGUUUAUCCAUAUCCCUGGAACAAUCGCAUUCUUAGUUUGGCUAUAUUACUAUACAAUCACGAGAAACCAUUCCGAUGAGCCCCAGUCUGGCAAGCCCCGAGGGACGGCAAGUGGCUCACCUGCUGGGCCGCUUCUCUAUCAAGCCCGCCGACGAACAUUAGCUGUUUGCAAUCUCCUCGCAUUUGUUGUAUUCACUCUAUGGCCCUGUAUGCCGCCUCGCCUGCUAAGCGAUGAGAAAGUGCAAGGGCCCGAGGGAAAGCUGGCACGCAGCUUUGGCUUUGUGGAUACCGUGCAUGGAGCCGAAGGCGCGGGCAGCGUGUGGACUGAGAACAGGUUCUGCAAUCAAUAUGCUGCUAUGCCCUCUCUGCAUUUUGGGUAUUCCCUCAUGAUUGGACUCACCAUCAUGACAAUCCCGCUGCCUGCUCAUCAUCGCGUCUCGACUCGAGUUCGAAUCGGCCCAUUUGGUGCCCAGAUUCCGUCCCGUCAACGCCUGGUCUGUCUAUUCCUUGGCUUUGCAUACCCGUUCAUGAUUCUCGCCGCCAUUGUCGCUACUGCGAAUCACUUCAUACUCGAUGCGGUCGCUGGUGCGAUAGUAUGUACGCUCGGCUGGAAGUUCAACAGCGUUCUGCUGAACCUGCUUCCUGUGGAAGACUACUUCCUUUGGCUAGUCCGGAUACACAAGCCUGAGCCAGCAGAAAUGGCAGGACCAUUGGAUCUCGAAGAAUGGACUGAUGAAAUAGAGGCUGAGACUGCCUGAAACAUAGAAGAGGAAGGCCAGGCACGUUUAAUAUGUGCUGUAAUUUUCGAUGAUACCCCUCUCUUGUCAUGACUGUCAUGUUUUCACCUUGGGUGAAUCUUCUUCACCUAACAAAUAUCCUUAGGGUCUCUCUUUUGCCCUAUCCUUACGAGGGGUAUUGUAUAAUUAGGCAUCCUAUCGGAGGAUCUAAUAUAAUGAGACAAAGGGAUGAUGAUAUGAUUGCUCGGUCGGUUCUGUUCUGUUCUGUUUAAACAUCUCUGAACGUCAUUCGGAUCUAUCGGUUAAGUACUUGCUGCACCAUUGUCCUUGAAGAGAACAAGUGCAAGCCUAUUGUGAAGUAGGCUGUGCCUGAUAAGCUCAUUCGAUUUAAGGAGGGUCGGCUUGUUUGCGUUGAAGUACUGUGCUUCUUAGUAUGCGAGGAGAACAUCUAUCCAACAAAUAAAAUAUC